CACAUGUUUCCUUUGUUUGUAACAGAACAACUAGACUCUUGGCCUGAGAAAGAGAUUCGCGAAAGAACUUGGAUGAAUGUAUGCGAAGCAAGAAGGCUGUGUCAAAACGGAUGGAUGAAAGAAGCAUUGGAACUAUUAGUAAGUCGUCUCACAUCACAAAGCAAGCGGACCAAAGGGGAACUAUAUCCAGGAAUCGAACGUACAUCCAGUGGUAGAGCAACUAUUCUUCCUUUGGGAUGUAGAGCUCAAUUACUUUCUCUACCACUACCAAGUUCUACUGAAGAAGCAUAGUGUCUGUUGAUAUCGAUCAACUGUCAAAAUCUACAUGGUAGAAGUAGUUUGUGAAUAGGAAUUAAUCACUGAAAAUGGUCAAUUUAGCACGCGGAUUAAGCAGUUCAGAGCAACUCCAGUUUUAAGGUAGUCAUAGGGAGUAUGUUGUUUGUUUGUUAUUUUAGAAUUGGAGUUGUUUGACAUAAUAGAGAUUUAGAACAAGAGUUUGCACAGGUGAUCUGCACUUGACUUUAGGCUUAGAAAUAAAGUCUUUGAAAAAGAUGCAGAAUCCCAUUUCAAUGCCUCUAAUGUAAUCCUUAUUGGCAAAAGCUAGUUAAUUACUUAAUUUUAGUGGUUAAUGUAAUCCUUAAUAGUAGAAUAUAUGAGCUUAAUGAAGUAGUGAUCAUUUGUAAAUAGCUCCCAGAAAUAGUGAUGUUGAAAAAUUAUUGCAUUGAAUUAUUGGAUGUUC